UGUAAUGCAGAUUUAUAAAACUGAGCUCUCUCGAUCCUGAGCCAUAUUUUUGCACUCUCCUUGCAGUAUACAGAAGACUGGUGCUGUAUUAGUCACUGAAAAUGGCUUUAUGUAAUUAAUGUAAACUUACAAAUGUAAUAUUUUGUGUUGAGUAUUCUGCUGGUCCCUCAGAAGAGAGUCUAGUGUCUAGAAAUAGCUUUGGUAUGGGAAACACUUGUUUAGAAUAAUUUGUUCUUCCAAGGACCUUAGUACUAUGAAAAAAAAAGAGUUGAUAGCACAUGGAUGUAAUCUGCAGUGGGCAGACUUUGCUUGGAUUCACAUGCUUUGUGUGUUCCCAGUGACAGCUCUGUAGAAUUUAAGGAGUAUGUGUUUGCCCUUCUUACAGGCAGUCUUCAUCUCCAGCAUGUGGAAAGUGCUGCUCCUGGGUCUGUAUGUAGUAUUGGCUGUGAGAGGACUGGCAAAGGGUGCUCCUUUCCAACCAGAAGAUAAAUGGAAGCCUCUUGAUAACCCCAGAAACAGAGAGCUGUUUUUCAGAACACUCCAGGCUUACUUCUCGGGCAGGGGUCUGGAUCUCAGGAAGUUCCCAGCCACUUUCACUGUGAACAAUGAAGGACCAAGGCUCUACUCAGAUCCUAUUGCUUCUGCAUUUGCAGAUUAUGAAGAAAAGAAAAAAUCCUUUCAGAACUAUUUCAAAGGCUGAAAGAUUCUGCUGAUGAAGGCAUUAACUUCAGAAGUCCAUGCCAAGUGGAAACCUUCACAGCAAAAUUUCAUGGCUUUGACUUUUUAACUGUUACCUGACAAUUCCAAAGUUUCUUCACUGUCCCCGUUUCUGCCAGUGGAAUCUGGUGUCCGCUGCAAUGAGCAUUAUUCUGUCUGUUGACAAAUGUGUGCUACUGCAGUCUGUGAGCAGAAUUGUGCUUAAGUGUGAAUAAAGGGGGAGCGCAACAGUGUGCAUUUAACCACUGCCAAGUGUCUUUGUUCAAAGCUGGGAACUAAACGUUCCCUUUCAGUU